AUGGCGUUUCUAUCCAUCGUCGCUGCCCUUAGCGGCACUCUUGCUGCCUACUUUGCGACGCAAAUUGUCUACAACCUCUACUUCCACCCGCUAGCCCGAUUCCCGGGCCCUCCUGUAUGGUGCGCAUUGCAUUUGCCCUGGCUGCGGGUUCUGCUCAAGGGCCGGCUCCCCUACACGGUCAAGGAAUACCACGACCAGUAUGGCCCAGUCGUACGCAUAUCUCCGGAUGACCUCUCGUUCUCGGACCCAUCCGCCUGGCGCGACAUAUAUGGGAAGCAAACGCUCAACCGGCCUUUCCAAUGGGGCGGUCGCAAGCCACCGGGAGUUAAGUCUCAUAGCUUUAUUAGUGCCCCGGCGGCGGAGCAUGCCCGCCUUCGUCGCGCCUUCAAUCCGGCCUUCUCGGAAAAAGCCGUCCGAGGUUAUGAACCCACAGUGACCCACUUCAUCGAUAAGCUCAUGGACUGCUUGCGAUCACUAUCUGACAGAACAACCGGCGAGACGGACGUAGAUAUCAACCAUUGGCUCAAUUAUGUCUUUUUCGAUGUCAUCAUGGAGCUCGGCUGGGGUAGCAAUUUCAAUUGUUUGGAGAACCGGCAGUACAAUCUCUGGAUCUCGUUUGUCACGCAGCUCAAGGCGAAAUUGGUCGCGAACGCGAUCUCCUACUACCCUUUCAUCAAUAUGCUAAUGCCGUAUCUUAUUCCACCGGCGGCGAAAAAGGCCAUGGAAGAGGUCUUUGGCACCAGCAUGGUGAAGGUCGAAGAGCGUCUUUCCCGGAAGGGUCCCACACGCACGGAUAUAUUCCAGUCAGUUUUGCAGGAUCCUGAGCAUAAGAACGUUUCUAUGGACGAAAUGAGCCAGGCAGCGAUGGUCAUUAUUGCUGCAGGAAGUGAGACUUUGACCACCUCGUUGAGCGGGACUCUCAACCACUUGUUGCGGAAGCCGGAGAAACUUGAGCGACUCGCUAAAGAAGUACGCUCCUCAUUUACAUCGAACAGUGAGAUCAACGAACAGACCGCCCGGACAAUGCCCUAUCUCAACGCAGUCUUGAAGGAAGGCUUGCGGCUCUGUCCGCCAAUUCCGGAUAACAUCCGUCGCGUAACACCGCCCGAGGGGCUGACUAUUGCGGGUGUAUCGGUACCCGGCAAAACGACCGUGUCAACCGGUUGCUGGCUUCAGUUUACCAACCCAGAGAGCUUCUCUCAUCCCGAAGAGUUUAUUCCGGAGCGGUGGCUCGAAGAGCAUAGCAAGGAAACCGCUAACCGCGCCGCGUUCAACCCCUUUGGCCUCGGCCAGCGCAACUGUAUGGGGCAGACCUUGGCGUGGGUCGAGAUGCGCCUUCUGAUGUGCAAGCUUUUCUGGCACUUUGACCUCAAGCCGGCAAAGGAGCUGCCAGUGUGGACAGACCAGAACAUCUUCUGGUUCUGGGACAAGCUCCCAUUGGAACUGAAGCUGCAGGCUCGAACUGUCUCUUGA